GCGUGGCGGGCGUGGGCGUGGCCAGCGCUGAGGGGAGGGAGCGCAGCCCUAAGAUGGCGGCUGGGCCGCGGCGGCGGCGCUGAGUGGAAAUACUUGAAAGCUUCCUACUAAUAACAGGCUGUUUCAGUGUGGUCGUUAUUGCCUGGUUUACUCACAUAAAGAGAAUUACCUUUAUCACUGGCAGUCUUAAAGCUAUUUUAGUUCUGAUCUAUUAGUGUGAUUUUAUUUAUUUAUUUUUUGGUUUUGCGUUUUGUUCUGUUUGACCAGUGAUCCUUGGCCGGCCAGGCUUUAUUUUUUUUUAAUUUAUUCCUGUCUAUAGUCAGUGUCCCGUUUUGGUUUGGUUGUGUGAAGGUGGUGUUGGUGUUUGGUUUGUAAUCUUGCAGGGAAGUGUGCAGGGAGGGUCAUAAAUCUGUAGCAGGGUUUGGUGGCUUUUUUUUUUUUUUCUCUAUGUGUGUGUGUGUGUGUCUCUUGUUUUACUUUUAGAGCAAUAUCUGAACUGGUUUGCUUUGCUCUGUUGAGCAAAAGUGAAAGUUAGAUGCUGGGUACAAACUUCUGCAAUCAGUUACCCUUUUUAACUUUGUGUAACUGUAGAUUCCUCCUGCUGGGGAGACUCGAUGAAAAAUCAGUUACAUUAAAAACAUAAAUGGGGAGCGAUCCAAGUUCCCUCUUUUCUUAGUAAAAGAGCUUAAUUAUAACAGAAACAUUUACUCCCGCAGUCACCUCCAUAAAAAGCAGUUAAUUAAAUCUGUUACUGCCCAACCACGGGCUUCAACUGGAACCUCCUGCUCUCCAGGCUGGAUGGGGAGCAUGACACCCUCCUGUUAUUCCCGCAGAUGCUCAUGGAAGACACAGAGGGAGAGGAGCAGGAACGUUCACGAUAGUCCUGUCUCGGCACGAUACCAGUCUAGGUUUGAACUGUUGCCACCUUGAAAACUGGGCUGUAUUUGAAAUCUUAGUGAAAAAAUGAUGUAACUCCACUUUUACCUGGUCCGUGGCAACAGCUGCAGGUUUUAUGGGGUAGCUUCUGGAACGUUCUAGCAAUCCAACCCUGCGUUCAUGGCAGGGUCUGGAUAGGCUGCCACGCCAAAACCCCCUUACGGGGGGAAAAUACAGCCCAGUUCUUGUUCCUAAGUUUUAGUUCUGUGGGUUUUUCCCCCUUCCCCAGAACCUUUGCUCUUGAAGAUGGUGAGUAGCCAGCCUAAGUACGAUCUAAUUCGGGAGGUUGGUCGUGGCAGUUAUGGUGUGGUGUACGAAGCAGUCGUCAGGAAGACCUCGGCACGGGUCGCGGUGAAAAAGAUCCGGUGCCACGCGCCGGAGAACGUGGAACUGGCUCUGCGGGAGUUCUGGGCACUUAGCAGUAUCAAGAGCCAGCAUCCCAACGUCAUUCACCUGGAGGAGUGCAUCUUGCAGAAAGAUGGCAUGGUGCAGAAGAUGUCCCAUGGCUCCAGCUCCUCCCUUUAUUUACAGCUUGUAGAAACCUCACUAAAAGGAGAGAUAGCCUUUGACCCCAAAAGUGCUUAUUACCUCUGGUUUGUAAUGGAUUUCUGUGACGGAGGAGACAUGAACGAGUACCUGCUGUCCCGAAAGCCCAACCGUAAGACCAACACCAGUUUCAUGCUGCAGCUCAGCAGCGCUCUGGCCUUCCUGCACAAAAACCAGAUCAUCCACCGCGAUCUCAAACCCGACAACAUCCUGAUCUCCCAGAGCAGGACGGAUGCCAGUGACUUGGAGCCUACCCUGAAAGUGGCUGAUUUUGGGCUGAGCAAAGUGUGUUCAGCCUCAGGACAGAAUCCCGAGGAACCGGUCAACGUAAAUAAGUGUUUUCUCUCGACUGCCUGCGGGACCGACUUCUACAUGGCCCCUGAGGUGUGGGAAGGACACUACACUGCCAAGGCAGACAUCUUCGCCCUGGGAAUCAUCAUCUGGGCCAUGCUGGAAAGAAUCACCUUCAUAGACACGGAAACCAAGAAGGAGCUCCUGGGGAGUUACGUGAAGCAGGGGACAGCCAUCGUCCCCGUGGGGGAGGCGCUGCUGGAGAACCCCAAGAUGGAGCUGCUCAUCCCCGUGAAGAAGAAAUCCAUGAACGCUCGGAUGAAGCAGCUGAUCAAGGAGAUGCUGGCGGCCAACCCGCAGGACCGCCCGGAUGCGUUCGAGCUGGAGCUGAGAUUAGUCAACAUAGCCUUUAAAGACAGCAGCUGGGACACGUGACCGGCCGCUCCUCGCCCAGCCCACGGUACAGCUUCAUGGCAGGGGGAGGAACCGGCCUGAACUCACCUGCAGGGUGUAGUUUUUUCCCCCAAUGAAUCUCUCUUUGAGUUUCCCGGCAGGAAUGUUGAGUUGGCCGUUGCAUUGGUGUGUAAAGUACCAGGAGUUGCGGGCCUGUGGGAGACGUGAGGAUGUUCCUUUGUGUGUGCACUGGCAGUGGGAUGUUGUAAGAGCCAAGACUUGAUUUCCAGCAGUGUGUCAUGGGGUAUUUCAAACAUUCCAGUUUCCUAUGUCAGUAUUAGGAACUCUCAUGGAAAAAAAAAAAAAACAACCAAAAGAUUUGCAUGCUGGUAGUGCAAAUCUUCAGGCUUUGUAAUGUAAUCUGUGUAUAUAUUUAUGUAUAUGAGUGACUGUGAGUGUGUGGCACUUAAAUUAUUUGCUGUGGGUCUGAAUGAUUGGGGUCUGCUAGAAAACUGGGGUGAAGAAGGUGCAUGAGAAGCAUUCCUUCUUCUCCAGGCCUGAAUAACUUUAUUAUUUAUUUUUGUUAUCUAAUGUUAUCAAAGACUUGACUUUGUAAACAAAGCAAUGCAAGGGGACCAGCAGUUUUUGAAGUGCUGAAGUGGCUGAGCUUGGCACUUAGAGCUUCAUGAGCUCAUCACCAAGGGAGUCAAAUUAAAAAUGUACAGUCAGGGGCUGGCAUGGUUCACUGAUCAUUUGAUUUUGCUUUCUUCUAGUGAUCAAACACUUUAUUAAUCAAUUAAUCUGCUCUCUGCUCUUGUGUCCACAAUCCAAUAGCACCUUGAGGAUUUAUAACAGCAGAGUACUGUGCCCUUACUUUAUGGAAACAGGGAUGAGGGAAUCCAGCAGCAUAAUUUUAAGGUUCUUCAAAAGAGGGUGGCAGCACAGUUUUCCCACUAACUGAAUCCAGCUAAUAAUACUGGUUCUGGCCUUUUCCUGUCUGGCACUGCCCCCAGCCCGGUGGGGAAGAGGACACAGAGGUGACUCUUUGUCCUGUAGAACCCACUCGUUCUCAAACAGGGGAGAAAACUCAGUAACAGGUAUGUGAAAGGUGGCAGCCUUGGCUGAUUAUUUUUUUUCUCUCAUUAUUAUUAUUAUUAUUAUUAUUAUUUCCUCCUUUUAAAGAAGUAAUAUUUAUUUAAAAGCACAGAUGGUAGGGUGGAAAGCUCUGGAGCAGUUGGAAGCUGCUUAUCCCCAGCUCCUGUUGCACAGAAGCAGAUUGAUACGCUGGGAGAGGUUUCACUGAGGCCACCUGACACUGCAGAGCAGACAGAGGCUCUUUGUAACAGCACAACACUUUGUUCUUUUGGCUGCAGGACUGACCUUUCCCAUCCAGUUUGACCUUUUGGAAAAAGCAGAGUCUUAAAACUGCCUUUGAAGCUACAGGAAAGGCCAGUUUUCUUAAUAAAUUCAAUUUAAUUUUUUUUUUUCUCUCCCACCCAAAUCCUACCUGAAAAGGGCCACAAGCAUUUCCUUCUUGGUUCUUGGAUACUGUUCCCUUUUAGUGCUGGGAGAGCAGUUUGGUCAGUCAGUGUUUAUUCUGCCUGAGUGUGAAUAAACAAAAUACCAUUUUUGUUGUUGUUGUUGUUUUUCUGAUUUGACCAGACUUCUGAGACUUUACAGACCACCCGUGGUUCUUACCUGGUGCUGUAUGAGCUGCUGGCCAUCACCCAGGUGGCCUUAAUCCUUAUUUCUUGUGAUUUGCUUUCCCUUCAUCAUUUGAGGGAGCGAUUCUCAGACAAACACUCUUUGCUUCUGUGCCAACACUGUUUUCCCAGUUCUCACAUCUCAUCAGGGUCAUUGGGUGAGUAAAGCUUGAAGGGGGUUUAUAAUUCUUCACGUUAAGCUUUGUAAAAAUACAUGGCAAACUUCCUCCUGUGCUGCCCACCCAAAAGUCAGACUCAAGCAGGUUACGAAUCCACUGCAGAAUAAUUCUGCUCACCUUUGAGGUGCUCUGUAAAUCUUCUGAUUCCCCUCUGAAGUGUUUCACUGGACAUAUUUCACUGCCUGCAGUGCAGAAACAAGGGAAUGGCACAGGGAAUUUUGAGGAGUUGUGUUGUUUUUUUUGACUCCCAAAGCGUUUCUUUGCACUGAUUGCCACUUUAAAGGUUGGGGGUACCUGAAAUCCCUCUCAUGGUGCUUAUCCUCGCUGUUGGGUGACACUGGUAGUCCUUGAGGUCUGUGUUCUGUUUUGAUUUUUUUGUUGUUGUUGUCUGAGGUCUUUGUUUUUUUAAGGAAAAAAAACAAACAAAUAAAUCAAAUUGUUGUAGCAGCUGCGGAGCCGUUCACCAGCGUGACACAAAGUCAAGAUACUUUUCAGCACUUAGAAAAGAUUUUUUUUUUUCGUUGUUUUUGGCCACGUUUUUCUUUAAAAACUGUAAAAUAUAUUUUAUGGAGAAUUUAUAAUGAGGAAAAUUAUUGUGUAAUUUAUUAAGUUCAUGACUGUUUUUGAAAUAAAAUCUGAAUUUCGAUGAA